AUGUCCAACUAUGACAUCAUGGACCGCGGGCUGAAGGGGAGGAGGAUACCUUGCCUAUGUGUUAAGGAGGAGCUGAUGAUAAAGGCCUCACGUAUAGAGGAGGCUACAGAACUGCUGUACGCCGACCACAUAGUCAAGGAAGAGCUUGUGCUGGGGCCAGAGCGCCCGCACCGCCCUGACGUCGGCCUGACUUCUCGUAGCAGGGAUUUUGCUGGUGUUGCCCCCGCACUGAGGGACUGCUACGUUCGCCUCGAGCGUCUCAACCUCACACCAACACGCGCCUCGUGUUCCAAAACACACGACACCACCAGUGUAUCAAGCGCUAAACAUCAACAUGAAGCUAAGACGCUAAAAUCAAACACCAGCCUUCAGCAAAACUAUCAUCCUUACAUAUGUGACACUUGUGGUAAAGUAUGCAAAUAUAGACACACCCUAAUCCAACAUUUGAGGUAUCACUCAUCAGAUACACUCGAAAAUUUACGAAUGACCAGACCAGUAAAAAAGCCAUGUUGCUGCGAAAUCUGCAAUAAAGCUUUGUCGUGUUUGGGUUCCCUAAAAAGACAUUUAAACAUUCACACAGGUAAAAAGCGUCAUUCCUGUGAAACUUGCGGUAAGACAUUUUUAGAAGCAAAUGAUUAUAAGCGACAUAAAUUCGUACAUUCUACAGAUAAGCCACAGUUUCUUUGUGAUGUUUGCAGAAAGGUUUUUGCGUCAGCAAGCAAUUUAAAAGUGCAUAAGCGUAACGUGCACUUAGGAUUAAAACUAUACUCGUGCGAUAUAUGUAACAAGAAAUAUUCUACCUUGGAUAGGUGUAAACGACAUAAAAUGACACAUUUCGAUGUAAUGCCAUACAUUUGCGAAAUAUGCAAUAAAGAGUUUCGGACCAUAGAUCGAUUGAAGUUUCAUAAACGAAUUCAUAUCAUUCAAAAACCAUACUCGUGCGACAACUGUAAAAAGGGGUAUACGAAUUCAUAUGAGUUGAAAAAACAUAAUCUAAUCCAUUUAAACGGACACACGUGUGUAACGUGUAAUAAAAUAUUUAAGACAUCGAGUGACUUGGACAAGCAUAAACAACUGAACAAAACUCCUUACUCGUGCGUAAUAUGUAAAAAGCUGUUUUGUGAAAUUCAUUAUUUCAAGAGACAUAAAAAAAGAAUGCAUACGGGAGAUGAAAAUACAUAUUAUUGUGAGAUCUGUAGAAGAGAUUUCAAGACGUCAGAUGAAUUUAAUAGUCAUAAACUAACGCAUAAGGGUUAUUCAUGCGGAUUAUGUCAAGAGAAUUUCGCAGAUAAUGUUUCUCUGCAAAAACAUAAAAGAGCUCACGGUAAAAACAUGCCUUAUUCAUGCGAAAUAUGUAAAAUGAAAUUUAAAAAAUGGCUUGAUUUAUUCACUCACGAAAAAAACACACAUGAAAACGUCUGACAAGUGGAACUUUAAACUUAUUGUAAACUAAUGAUCACGGUUGUACACACAGCUGCAAAAGUGCAUAUCCACUUAAUUAACGAAAUUCAUUAAUAGUAGUAAUAGUAAAAACGUUGAAUACAGGCCAAGUGCCGAUAAAAUUGUUACAUACAAUUAAAUAAAAACAAAAUUAAAUUACGCAAUUAAUAUUAAAUAACAGUAAAAAUAAUUAAAAUUAGAAUUGAAUUACACUAUUAGCAUUACAUAAAAAUACAAACCAGAUGGGUAUGCACUUUUGCACUCACUGUACAUAGGACUGGAUAGUACAGUAUUUUAUUUGCUUAUUAAAAUGUAUAUUGUAUCCUUAUCACCGAGCAAGACGGUUUAUCAUAAAAGAUAGAUUAAACUAGAGAAUGGUGUCUCGCUCGCACUACAGUAUUUUUUAAACAGCUUGGAUACGGUGAGAGCUGUCAUCUUCAUACAAUUUAUAACCUUAAAACGCAAAAUCUCACAAUAUUGUAUUGUGAUGACAUCUGUCAACGUACCCAAGCUGCUUAAAAAAUACUAGCUACAAUAUUGUAAUAUUGGCAUAUUGUAAUAUUGAAAUAUUGUAAUAUUGGCAUAUUGUAAUGUUGACAUAUUGUAUUGUAUUAUUGCCGUAAGAUGUCGAACGAGAUGCGAUCCUCUAGCUUGACUUCUCUUUCGGUCACACGGUUUUUUUUUUUCGAAGUAUUCACUCCAUAAUCUAUAUCGCCGUCUUAAGAGGAUAAUGGACUGCUUCUCCAUACGUAGUAGCCGCCAUUUUCCUGCCUGGAUAUUGACAUUAUGAAAAAAGAUUUUACUCGAUUUAUUGUAUGUUUGCCAUGUCUAUGCCCGUUCUUUUGAUUUUAUUAGAAUUAGGAGCGAAAAUAAAUUCCGUACUAAUUUUUAAAAGCUUGUAAUAAUAAAAAAAACACGAAGGAGGAUUGUCUUGAGGUCUUGUGUUAAAGGAAACGUUUAUAUGAUCAAUAAUGUUUGUUUGUUCGUCUUAAUGACUAAAAGGAACAUCUGUGAUUUAGAAUAAUCAUUUUGCCUUUUUUAAUUAUACUUAUUUCCUAAUAAGAAGAUAGAAGUUAUUUAGAAAAUAUAUGUAUGAAGUAAACGCUACAAAAGAAGAAACAUUGUGCCUUUAUUAGUUAUAGGGGAAAAGUGGUAUGUAAGAGCUAGGUUUUAAAUAAAUAAAUAAAUAUUAUAGGACAUUAUUACACAAAUUGACUAAGUCCCACAGUAAGCUCAAUAAGGCUUGUGUUGAGGGUACUUAAACAACGAUAUAUAUAAUAUAUAAAUAUUUAUAAAUACUUAAAUACAUAGAAAACACCCACUCAGGAACAAAUAUCCAUGCUCAUCACACGAAUAAAUGCCCUUACCAGGAUUUGAACCCGGGACCAUCAGCUUCGUAGGCAGGGUCACUACCCACUAGGCCAAACCGGUCGUCAAGUUUUGAAAGAGCUUGUAUCAUUUCGUCAGUUCUAAAGGGAAUUUUGAAUGUCUCAAACAAUGUUUGUAGAAAAAUUAACUAUGCAGGCGUAUUGUCAAAGUAAAUUUUGUUAGUAAAUUUACUGCCAUCUUUCGACACAAUACUAAAACCAUUAGAAUGACAUAUGGCUACUUGACCCAUGUUCUUUCACUGAUAUGUGUUAAAUAUCAAACGGUGUCGCCAUCUACUAGAGUAUAGGGACCGUGCGCGUUGGAGGGUCUGCCAUCUUGUGGCCUGAAUCGGAACCAUAAACAUGCACAUUUACACAUCACGUGUUUUCUUGUGCAUAGUAGGUUCUGCCACCUUGUGGGCUACAUCGGAACAAAAAACAUCACAUUUACGCCUCGCGCCAAAAAUCUGACGGCUCCUGUGCUGCCUCCUACAGUUCAUGCACGCUCCCUAUAGGCCAAAGGUCUGUCGCCAUCUAUUCGAGCAUACAUUUUUCUUGAUAUUUCGAGGCACGUUUUCUUCUUCGACUUUAUUUAUCUUAAUAUCUGUCGUCGUUUAGAAAAAUAAAAACUCGUUGCUAAACU